AUGGAUCAGCCGGUUGCUAUCAUGUCCACACUUGUCGGUACUAUCAUCGCCGAUGUUCAGGGCAUCCGCCCUGAUAUUUCCGAUGUACAAAUUGCAAUGUCAAUUGCUGUGACUUGUGGAGGAAUUGUGACGCUCAUGGGUCUGGCCCGCCUGGGCUUUGUUGUCGAGUUCAUUCCUCUUCCAUCUAUCGCAGCAUUCAUGACGGGGUCGGCGAUAACUAUCAGCUCGGGAUUGAUCAAACAACUGCUGGGCGAAACUGCCGAAUUCAGCACUCGAGGACCGGCCUAUCGCGUUAUAAUCGACAGCCUGAAGCAUUUGCCCACGUCAACCAGAUAUGAUGCCGCCAUGGGCGUUUCUGCACUCGGGAUGCUGUACCUAAUUCGCAUCGGCUGCAGCUACGGAGCACGCAAACAUCCACAGCAUGCCAAGAGCUUUUUCUUCAUAUCGUCUUUGCGUGCAUCUAUGGUCAUAUUUACCUUCACAGCAAUUAGCGCCGCAGUCAACCUACAUCAUCGAGAUAAUCCGAUCUUUGCCAUAGUCGGGACUGUCCCUCGAGGCUUCAAGGACGCAGGGGUCCCGAAGCUUAGCAGCGACGCCAUCAAGAUCUUUGCUCCCCAGCUGCCUGCCUGCGUGAUGGUGCUUCUUAUUGAGCACAUUGCCAUAUCCAAAUCCUUUGGCCGCAUCAACAACUACACUAUCGACCCAUCCCAGGAGUUGAUUGCCAUUGGCAUUACGAACCUUCUAGGUCCCUUUGUCGGUGGGUACACAGCAACCGGGUCUUUCUCACGCUCAGCAAUUCAAUCCAAAUCCGGGGCGCGGACCCCCUUUGCGGGUGUCAUAACUGCCAUCGUUGUUCUGAUCGCCCUCUAUGCACUGACCGAGGUACUCUGCUUCACACCCAAGGCUUCGCUAGCGGGUGUCAUUAUCCAUGCAGUAGGAGACUUGAUCACAUCCCCAAAUACGAUCUAUCAGUUCUGGCUCAUCGCGCCAUCGGAUGCCAUUGUCUUCGCAAUUGGCUUAAUUGUCGCCCUUAUGGAUUCCAUCCCCAACAGCAUUUAUGCCACCGUCGCCUUGUCUCUUCUCAUCUUUCUAUUUCGUCAUGCCAAAGCACAGGGCCAAUUCCUUGCGAGAACCUGGAUUGGUCCUAAAGAGGCACAAAGACCUUUGUUCUUACCAGGCGAUGGCUGCCCAGCUCUAAAUCUCGAGCAGCCGCGGCCGGGAGUGUUCGUCUAUCAAUUUCCAGAUGGCUUGAACUACUCCAAUUCGAACCAUUACACGGAUCUCUUGGUGCAGACAAUCUUGAAAAGCACUCGUUGCGCCGACUCUCAGAUUUAUGCGACAAAGGGUGAUCGGCCAUGGAAUGACUCCGGACUCAGCGAUAAAGACCAUGAAUCCAGCAACUCCCACCUCCCGCUUCUCCGUGCGGUUGUCUUGGACUUUUCAUGCGUUAACAAUGUCGACGUGACCUGUAUCCAGAAUUUGGUGGACGUACGAAAGCAGCUCGACCAUCGUGCUACUCCAUCGGCUGUUCAGUGGCAUUUUGCCAAUAUCAAGAACCGGUGGACUAAGCGUGCUCUUGCCGCGGCCGGUUUUGGGUACCCGCAUACUCUGACUGAGACAACGGUCUUGGAAGGAAAUGUGGUCAAUGAAUCUGACUGUCCCAGUGAGAAUAUCAAAGACGUGGAAAAGGGGAUUUUCUCACAAGACAAGUGCAGUCGCUGUGUCCAGUCCUGUGAGAGAAGUGUGUCUGUUGAAUGUCCCCGGUUGGCGGUGCUCGGGCGCGAAGAUCGGCCAUUCUUCCAUGUCGACUUGGUCAGUGCAAUGGAGAGCGUGGGUGCUUAUUUGGAUUAA